ACUCCAUUAUCCCGUGCGAAAGUAGAGUUAGAGUGAAGACUAAAACGGACCAAAUACAGAAAAAAAAACCAAACACCGGAGACACAAGGUGAAGUCGGAGGUGUAUAUAUAUAUAUUACUUCAGACAGACUGCAGUCUUCUAUUUCCCGACUUCGACAGAGAUAUUUUCAGCAGACAUUUCUCCAGCUGACUUAAAUAAACAAUGCUGCGAUCCCGGCGGCGGUCCCCUUACGGCGCCUAUCUCUGCGCCGUAAUCUCCGCCGUCCUCCUCCUUCUCUCUGUCUCUCUCCUCUACUCUCGUCUUUCUCUCUCCCACUCAGAUUCCCACUCCAACCCCCGCACUCUCCUCUCCGACACCGACGACUCCGAUCUAUCCACCUCCGAUCCCAUCGACGAACUCGACUUCAUUGACCUCGACCAACAACAACAACAACAACAAUCCCAAUCUCUUCACACCAAUCCUUCCUCAUACUUCUUCGAUCCCAUCACAUCCUCCAUUAGAAAAUCCUUCAAAUCCCCUUCCAUUUUCUCAGACUCCAUAACCACCGACGACGAAUUCACCGUUUUCUCCACUUUCUCCACUCCAGAAGAUCGUUCCAAGUCCGCUUUCACCUCCGACGACAUUCCCCUCGACGAUAACAUCAGACGUAAAGCCACAACCAUUAAAUCAAUCGAGGAUUUGCUUCUUCUCAAAUCAUCUUCCUUGAGAGAAGUAUGGGGUGAAUGGUUCGAUAAGAAAGGUAUGUUUCUCAGAAAAGACAAAAUGCUCAAAUCCAGUUUUGAAGCUUUUAAUCCAAUGCUCAAUCCUCUGCUUCAAGAUCCUGACUCCGUAGGUGUCUCUACUCUCACUAGAGGUGAUAAAAUCCUCCAUAAAUGGUGGAUCAAUGAAUUCAAGAGAGUUCCGUUUUCGUUUUCGCCUCACAAGAACACUAAUAACAAUGGUAAAUUAGUCACUGUUGCAAAAGGUGGAACAGAACGAAGGACUUUGAACGAUAAUAGUGAUGCUGCUGAGUUUCUGAAUCAUCAUCAACAUAUUUAUGCUGAUGGUAAUAAUUGGGGCUAUUUUCCUGGUUUGCCACUGCGUCUAUCGUUCAAUGGUUUCAUGGAUUCGUUCUUCAGAAAGGGUAAAUGUGUCAUGAGGGUUUUUAUGGUAUGGAAUUCACCUCCUUGGAUGUUCACAGUUCGGUAUCAGCGUGGUCUCGAGAGUUUGCUAUUUCACCAUCCUAAUGCAUGUGUUGUGGUGUUCUCGGAGACAAUUGAGCUUGAUUUCUUCAAAGAUAGCUUUCUUAAGGAUGGUUACAAAGUUGCGGUUGUUAUGCCAAAUCUUGACCAGCUUCUGAAGGGUACACCCGCCAACAUUUUUUCUUCUGUUUGGUUUGAAUGGAGAAUGACAAAGUUUUAUUCCACUCAUUACAGUGAGCUUAUUCGUCUUGCAGCCCUGUAUAAGUAUGGUGGGAUCUACCUAGACUCUGAUAUCAUAGUUUUGAAGCCAAUUUCUUUCCUUAAUAACUCUGUUGGAAUAGAGGAUCAUGCUGCUGGAAGUUCUUUGAAUGGUGCUGUGAUGGCUUUUGGAAGGCACAGUCUGUUCAUAAAGAAGUGCUUAGAAGAGUUCUAUAUGACAUAUGACGAUAACAGUUUGAGAUGGAAUGGAGCUGAUCUAUUGACACGGGUUGCACGAAAGUCUAUAGGAGAAAAGAACAGAACUAUUAAACGGUUGGAGUUGAACGAGGAACCCUCUCAUAUCUUCUUCCCCAUCAAUUCUCAAGACAUUGCAAGAUACUUUGUUGCACCAGCAACAGAGACGGAGAAAGCACAGCAAGAUGUUUUGCUUGAAAGGAUACUGCGUGAGUCAUUGACAUUUCACUUUUGGAACAGCUUGACUUCUGCUCUCAUCCCAGAACCAGAUAGCCUUGUGGCCAGGCUUAUGAAUUAUGCAUGUAUCCGAUGCUUGGAGUUACUGUAAAUUAAAUGCCGUUAUCCCAAAAUUGCAGCUCUUCACAUUGAUGUCUGCAAGCCAUGUCGCUGUAAAAUUAUGUUGUAUAUUUGUAGUUGAAUAAUGGGUUGAACUCCUCAGUUAAAAGAGCUAAAAUAUAGUGAAACCCUUGUAGAAAAUGGCCAGUUAUGGAAUGUUCAUAUGUUAAACUAACAAUGUAUAAUGUAUUAGAGAUCUAGUGGCUCACCACGGAACGGUUUUGUUGGAACUGAGUGUAGCUGAUAUAUUUUUAUUUGUCAACGAAGAAACAAGAUCAUGAUAU